GUUUCGAGACUUUACUGUGUGCAGACGAACAGUGCGCUUUCGAUAUUCAGAUACAUACGAUCGCAACUUUAAGAUACAUUUGCGCCGCGCGUGCAUUGAAAACUAUUGAAUGUUGUUGUUGUUAUUGUUGUGUGCUCCAAGCAUUUGAGUGUUAAUUAGCUAGCCAGUUGGCUAUGCAAAGUGUCUGGAGACAGUGCGAGUGUCUGUGUAUCGACAAUAAUAAUAAUAAUAAUAAUAAUUUAUAAAUAAAAAUCAAGACAAUGGCCACCUCCACGCUAACGGCUACAACGUCUCCGAGUCCAGCUGCCGGCAUGAAGAAUCCGCAGCUGAAGCGCGUCGUCUAUUCCAAGUAUCGGGAGCUUCUGGGCUCGUACAAUGAUAAGGCCAAUGCCAUCAUCGAGACGCUGCCCGCUUAUAUGGUACGAGAGGAUCGCGGUUUUCAACUAGAGCUGCCGCUGCCACAUGCCAAUGCGAAUGGCCAUGACAAAAGCUCUGUGGAUACCUAUGGACAACGAGGCGGGGGCGCCGCUGGAGGCGGUGGCUUUGAGGCACCCGCUUGUGUGCAAAACGCGAUGAUGACAAAAGACAAGAAGCCCUUCACCUAUACGCCCGGCGGCAUAGAUCUCUCGCAAAUCCGUUCGGAGCGCAUGGCCAAGCGGCUGGCGCGCAAUGCGCAAGCCGAGGGCGCCGCCACCGGUGCCGCCCAACAAAACAGACCCUCACCACAGUCGCCGGGCUCUGGUGGCAGCGCCGCCAGUUCUAUGGGUGCCGCAGCCAUGGGCAUGCCGUUUCAGGUGCUGCCGCCGCCACCGCCACCGCAGCCGCAGUCACAGACGGGUAAGAACGGUAACCAAGUUGCAGCAGCAGCACCCCCACCGCCACCCCCACAACAAAGUACAUUAGCACCACCAGCGGGUCGAGGCAGUGCGCCCGGUUCGCCGGCUGCGGCGCGCAAGUCCCCAACUCCGCAACGUUUCGAGCCGCCGCCGCUAGGAUUCCGGCCGGAGAUCAAAAUACCGCCCAACCCGAUGGCGGCGCUGCGCAAGGUGCCGCCGCCGGUGGAGAAGAACACAUUCUGGAAAGAUGAAUAUUGCAAGGAGCGCUCCAAGAGCCCCCUGCCCGAGUCAAACCAGAACGGAAAUGACGACUACAGCAACAGCAACAACAACAGCAACAGCAACAACAUUAGCCAAGAUGCCGUUGAUGGGUACAAACCAACUGGCAACAGCUACAACAACAGUAACGGCAACAACAGCUACAGCCCAUACACACCAUCAAGUCAGCAGCAGCCACAAUCGCCCUCACCCAAAACACCGCCGCUGCAGCAACAGCUGCAACAGCCAACGCCACCGGCAACACCCCCACAACAACAACAACAACAGCAACAGCAACAGCCGCGUCAGGAGUUUCGCAGUGUGGCCAUGCCACAGUCACCGGCUGUUAAUGUCUAUACGCGUCAAACGGACAGUCCGCGCUCGCCUUUCGAGUUGCAACAGCAGCAGCAGCGCGCCACAGAGAGUCCCUUCCGCUUUGCACAGCAGCAACAGCAACAACAGCAACCACAACAGCAGCAACAGUCGCGUCCAGCCACGGCAAUCUAUCCGCUGGUGCAACAACAGCAGUCACGUCCAUCGCCAGCUAUUUCUCCACUGGCUCAGCAGCAGCAACAACAACAGCAAACUGUUCCCUGGCGUACACAACGCCCCCAGCCCGCUGCACAACAACAACAGCAACCACAGCAGCAGCAGCCAACGCAUUCGCAGCCCAUUUACAACAAUGUGCAACAGCAACAGCAACAACAACAACAACAGCAGCAACAGCAACGAUCUCGCGAUGUCUUCAGCCCCGCCCGAACGGAGCAACAGCAACAAAACUUUGGCACUCAGCAAUCGCCAUAUCAAGGAGCUAAGCCGACCAACGUUGGCUCGCUUUACAUAGCUCCACUAGCGCAGCCCACGGAGCCGCAAGCACAGCGCCUCUUGCUGCAGCAACAGCAGCAGCUGUCGGGAGCUCGUGACUCGCCCAUGCGGCAAGUGCCACAGCAGCAGCAGCAGGCACAGCAACAGGUUGGCGGCCAGCCACUGCGCUGGUUGAGCUCACAGCCCGCGGCGAAGGAGCAGGCGCCCUGGGCACGCCCCGAGGAGAAUGGCAAUGUGGUGCCCUCCACUCUACGACAGUCGACAGCGCCGUCGACAGCAACGCAGGCACAGCCUGCAACGUUCUAUCAGCCUCAGCUGGUGCAGAGUAAUGGGCACGGAACAGCUUCUUCGCCCGGCCCGGCUGCUCAGCAAAACUUUGGCUCAACAGCCCAGCAGAGUGGACUACGCUUGCAGAUCAACAGCAACAAUGUAAACCAGAGUGGUCCCAAGGAGCGCAUAAUUCCCAUUACACUGGAGCAAACCCCAACUUAUGCCGCUGCGCAGCCCAACUUCGGUGCGCCUGCUGGCCACAUAAUACGCUCAGCUAAUCAAUUUGUCGAUCAAGGUUACAACAAUUAUCCAGCUUCAGGACCGUCUGCGCAGGUGCAACGCGUCGUGUCACCCACCCAGCAUCAUCUGCAUCAGCAACAACAGCAGCAGCAAUUUGUUAGUUCUAAUAACAUCAGCAAUAAUUCGACUCGCAUUAUACCCAUUGCGAUUGAAGGGGGACGCGGAGGUCCAGUCUCCCAAUCACCAGUCGUGCUACAAAAUGGCAAUUACAAUUUGUAUGUGCAUCAAUGUCCGCUCGAGGCUGAGAUACGCUACAGAAAGAAUCGACUCAGCGAUCCACGCUCACCGCCCAUACAAUCGAAAUCGUUUAGAAUAUUGCAAAAGAUAACCGACACAGUGGACGAUGUCAGCAGCGAUCCCAGGCAAGAGUCGCCCCACCUGCCGCAGCAGCCUCAUUUGGAGGUGGAGCUGCCGCAGCUGCAGCGCCCACAGUUCGCUCGCCAGAUGAGCGCUCAGCAGGCGCGGAAUAGUCCGACCAUUGAGCAAAUGCGGCGGCUGCAAAUCGCGCAGGAUCAACAGUCGGGCACGCCGCCAGCCUGGUGCCCGCAAGGUAACGGCGCGUCUGCUCAGAACCGCUUUACAUCUCAGCGUUCUCCAUACGAUUCAGCCCAACAACAACAACAACAAUACGUGCCACCCAGUGAACAGCAGGCGCCGGAACCGAAGAAGUACACGGGCAGCGCAAUACCGAGUCGAUCAUUUAAAAUUUUACAGGCAAUGACAACACCAGAGAAUGCCGAACAUAAAAUUCACACCGAGCUGGACUCGGAUUUGGAAAAUAUUGAAUUGAACGAAGCCAAAAAUAAUAAUAAUAAUAAUAAUAAUCACAAUAAUAUUAAUCAUAAUAAUGAGAAUAAUGAUAAUAUCAGAAAGAGUAACCAUAACCGAGAAAUUAACAGUAAAAUCAAUAAACGUCAUAGUUAUGCAUCAGCCACGCCCACUCCACCGCCCAUUACAGACACGAAUACAAACGCUUCUCACGGCAUAUACUCAUCCUCAUCUUCUCUUAGUUCAGACAGCUCUUGUGCUCCACAGGUGCAGCCAGAGCGCUCGCAAUCGGUGCCACCGCACUAUCCCUAUGCUUAUGGUUACCCCUUUCCCUGGUACAUGCCGCCACCAAACCAUCCCGCUCCUGGGCAGAAUAGUGGCGAACCGCCUCAAGUCCUAAAUUGGCCCUAUCCCUAUCCCUACCCACCACCCAUGCCUCUUUCGGUGGAUGGCAAGCAAGCACCCUAUCCAUAUUACUACCCCUAUUAUCUGCCUCCCCCACCAGCUUAUGGGCAGCCAGCCACGCCCAAUGAAACUCUGCAGCAUGGCUACCACCCCCAGUUCGUGCCAAGCUAUGGUCCUUAUCCAUAUCCGGUAGCACCAAGCCUUAGCCAAAGCUCGGCCGAAAGUCGCGCCAGCAGUGUAUUGCCCGAUAUUAUAAUAACGCCAAGCACCGACGAUAUGCCCUCGAAGGUCAUAAUGCAGCACCAUAUCAAGGUGGAGCCACGUGAGCCACCCAAGCGAGCGCACUCUGUUGAAAUUGAGGAAUUGGUUAGUCGGUCGAAGACGCGCAAUAUCUGCAGCAACAAGGAGGAGGUAAUCGAUAUGCUCAGCCAGCGUCUGGCCAACAUUAACAAAAUUGCCGGGGGCAAUACCCAAGACAAUUUAUCCAAUCAGCUCCAAAAGAGCUAUGCUGGAGAGCAUCUGAAGGAGCUGGGAGCACGCUCACCUAGUGAGAAUGCCUCGCCAGUGCUGAUCACUGCCAUGCUAGACGAUAACGAUGAUAGUGAAUCUGACGAUAGCAGCGACGAGGAUGAAGAGGACACAGAUACUCCCAAGCAUGCAGGUCACAACUCCCCAUCUCCGCUGCAGGCCAUCAAGUCCGUGACCAAUGUGCAGAUCUAUAAGGGCUUGGGUGAAAUGCCAGCGGAACAUCUUCAGUCCGAGAGUGAGGACGAUGAUGGGACGACAGCUGAUGAAAUGCUUGAUGAGGAAGAGCAGGAGUGCCUGAUCGAGGAACUGGACGAUGACUAUGUUGUCGAGGAGGAUCUAAGCACCAUUUAUGAGGAGGAAAGCGAGCUGGAACGCAGCAGCAACUACGCCAAAACGAUUAUUAACCACAAUGGAUCCAGUGCCAGUAACGCAACCAUAGGGGCUCGCCAAGUAGAAGAAGACGACCUGGAACAGCAAAUAGAGGACAAUGAUCGCGAUGACGAUGACGAUGACGACGAGUCUAAUUCGGUGACUGUGCGUUUGCCAUUGCGCUUCAGCUUUAGUCGCAGCUCAAAUGACGAGAACAUAGCCACCGUGGAGGUGGGCAGCAGCACACAGAUCGAGGAAAGACGCCAGAGUAUAAGCUUGGACAGCAAACGGAAUUCAUUCAGCGUAGCCAAGAUUGAGAGUGAUAAUGAGGAGGAUAACGAUUGUGAGGUUAGCGUUACCAUCAGUUUGUCAAACUCCUCCCGUUCCAAUUCCGUAGAAAAGUCCGCGUUGCUACCAAGUGCCAUUAAGGCUAGCACUGAAGAUGUAUCCACCUCCUUCUCGCUGGGCAAGCGCAACAAGUUCUUGGCGGACACCCAAAACGGCGAGCUAACAAAUAAUAUUGCGAUGUUGAUGCCGACAAAAGAUGUUGAGGUUACCUCGGAAGCACCCAAAGAGGAAUUUGAUUUCUUUGCCACGCUUUUGGCCACCAAAAUGCAAGCACAGAAAAUGAUGGAGCAGUCCAAGAGUUAUUGGAAAACGACAGAGGCCAAGCCAGAAGAACAGGCAAAAGAGCCUGCGCCAAAUGAAACUGUGAAGCUGCGAGUUAAGCAAAACGAGGAAGAGGCCAAAAAACCAAGACCAAAAUCGUGUGACAUAUCCAAGACUCAGGAGUCUUUAGAGGCAGCCAAGAAUAGCUUUUGGUCCACAUUUGCAACGGCAGCCAAGGAACCCGAACCUCCCCAUGAACCAGAACAAUCUGACGAAGAAAUUGACUUCUGGGAAAUCGUUGAAAACAGCAAAGAGAAAAGUCAACGCGCAAAAAAACAGAAAACUGUUACCUAUAUCCCACUACAAAAGGAAACGGUGGACGAAGUGGAGCAUUGGACGACGACCCUAAAAGCCAAUGUAAAAUACAUGCCCCAAUCGCAAUGUGCUGAGGUACAUUUCGUGGUAGAAGAAAAUCCAGGAGCUGAGGAUACGAAUGAAGACGAGGAAGACUUUUGGGCGUCAGUAGAGAAAGCCAAGUCCGAGAACUCUGAAAAGCAGCCCGAGUUGGAGUUUUGGUCAGAUCAGUCAGCGGACACUCGUGAUGAAAACCCGAAUGUGAAUAUAACAGAGCCAAUUGCCGAGGAAGAGGACAUCGAUUUCUGGGCCGACAUAAAGUCUUCUCAAGGUAGCUAUGACAACAAGGAAAACGACUUCAAAUUCGAUCCCACCAAAUAUCCAGAGGAGCCCCGUGAGGUUGACACCGAUGAAGAAAUUGAUUUUUGGACAGAAAUCGAAUCGAAUCGCAAUCCGGAUGAUGACGAUGUAACUUUCCACAAAUCCGCCACUUUUUGGGCUCGCAAAGAGCGCCAAAAUUCGGUGGAAGAAACGCCCUACAAGCCCGUGGAGACCAAGCCAUUUCGUGCCAAGCUGCCCGACGAGCCAGCUGUGGAAAUCGAUUUGUGGGCCACUUUGGAGGGAGCUCGGGGAGAGGAGCCCGAGAUUGUUGAUCCACUUUUAGAACAGGAGCAAAUGCUAGCUGCGCAAUAUGAAGAGAUUGAACAUGAAGAAGACGAGAAGUCCCACAAACUGGAGCAAUCAGCUCCACAGACGCCGGAGCCCAAUCUCGACGCAGUUGAGACUAUGUCGCUGGCCUCCAUGCAUGAGCCAGCAACUGUGCACACCUGGACGCCUAGCACACACACUAACAUGGACCUGGAGAGCGGCGAUGAGCCUGACUUUUGGGCUGAUAUAGAACAGGAGCGUGGCAAGAAUGACCAGUUGGAGGAAGCCGAGCAGAAACGUCAUAACUAUCGCCAGGCCAUGGCUUUCUUCAAUACCUCCAUCGAUGAGCACAAGGUACAGCAAAAAGUGCAACCCAAUCGAAGCAGCGUCAUUCUGGAAUCAGCGGAGCCAACAGAUUUGGAGCUGGGCUCACCAGGUGCAUAUGAAAUUGUGGGUGAAGAUGGCAUCGUUGUGGAACAACAUGGAUUGCAAACGGUCAGUGCAGAAGAUGAGGAUCGAGAAGCGACCACACCGACCAACCAGCUUCCAGAAGUUUAUGUGGAGCCAGAACCGGAACAGCAAAGAAAACUCCUAGCCAACGGUCUACCAGAUCUCGGUGUGUCAGAAGCACCCAAAAUAUCGGUGCGCGAGCGCAUCAAUGUAUUCGAGACGAGUCCACCAACAACAACUGGGCCAACCCCUCCAAACAAGGCUAUGACUAUUCAUUCGCUGUCUGUGGACAGCGGCCGUGGCAAGGGACAGCUAUCCCGCAAUAGCAGCACACAGCGGUCCGAGUCCGAAAUCGAAGAGGAUGACUCAGGCGUGACGGAUAUGAAUCGGCAGAUGUCAGAGACGGACACCGAGUCCGAAAGUUUUCCGGAGCUGCGCAAGAUGACGAGCUACCAGCGCGCCGCCACACAUUCCAGACUCUUCAAACUGCUCCAGGACGAGAACGAUCUGCCCGAAGCGUCAGAGGCUGGGCAGGCGGACGAGUUCCAGCUAAAGCCCAGCAGACGCAAGAUUGUGCACAAUGUAUCCAUUACACGUCGCCAAAAUCCUAAUGCACUUAGCGAGGCCGAGACGAUGACCCAACGACGCGAACGUCUCUCAUUGCCCCUGCGCAAGAACACCAGCAUCGAUGCGGACAAUCCCUCCACGCCGAACAGUCCCGCCUCGCCCAUUGUCGGGCCAUCCCCCAGCAAGCAGCGUGUGGUCAGCGAUAAGCUGGUUAACGAGCUGGUGCAGAGUCUGCUGCUGAAGAGCGACAGCACGCAUCUGCGUAAACUGCCGAUGGAACGGCUCCAGGCAGCGGCCAAACGCGCCUUGGCAGAGGAAAUGGAUUCGAUGGACAAUAGCUCGCUGGACAGCACGCCUGCACCUACGCCCAAGCAGGAUAAGGAGUACGCCGACUAUUACAGCAGCUGGACCGAGGCCAGCGGCGGUGAAGAGAUUGUGCCCUCGAAAGCCUUCCGAGCUUUACAGGAUCCGCGACGCAGUCCCUGGACCGUGCGCUGUCCCCGCGUCCUCAGCUCCAAGACAAUCAAUCGCGACCUGGCCCGUGUCACAGAAUCACCCGAAAUUCUGAGCAAUCGCAGCAGCAAAAGUCCCGAAUGCUUUAAGCAACAGUCGGGGAGCAGGGAGCACUCCGUUAGCAGCUGGCGCAAGGCCUAGCGUUUGCUUAGGGAUAGCUCAUUGUGUAUAGCUAGGGGCGGGAAUCACACGUACACACCUUGAUAUUAGUGGGUCAGCAUCUUAAUCGGGUCAAGCAACUCUGGGCAGGGGGCGGGUCAGGGAGCCAGUUUUUGCAUUUCUCAUCCAAUCACAGCACAUCAACAUGUACAAUAUGACAACACACAGACUAAUAAUAAAAACUAAAUAUCUAAUGUAUAAUGUAUAAUGUAUAUAAACAGACUUAAACCAAAGAAAAUCGUUCAUUCGUUCGUUCGCUCGUUCGUUUGUUAUCUCAAUAAAAGCGCAAAGUCCUCGCCAGUCAUUUCUAAAUUCGACUACAUAUUAUAUAU